ACUUUAUACUCUAUCUUAAGUUUUUUUUCUCUUUCAUGUGAAUUCGUGAGGAUUGUUCACCGGUUCAGCGCUGAACAAUUUUUAUUGGAAAAGUUGUUUAUCUCGACCGGAAAAACGCGUAAACAUGGCAGCCGCUGUAAUGUCUGGCAAAGAUAUUGAGAAGCCGCAGGCGGAGAUCUCCCCGAUCCACCGCAUCCGCAUCACGCUUACUUCGCGUAAUGUGCGCUCGCUCGAGAAGGUCUGUGCUGACCUCAUCAAUGGGGCCAAGAAACAGAAGUUGCGUGUCAAGGGCCCAGUGCGCAUGCCAACGAAAAUCUUACGCAUCACCACUCGCAAAACGCCCUGCGGUGAGGGUUCCAAGACGUGGGACAGGUUCCAGAUGCGGAUCCACAAGCGCGUGAUCGACCUGCACUCGCCGAGUGAGAUCGUUAAGCAGAUCACCAGCAUCAACAUAGAGCCUGGCGUCGCCGUCGAGGUCACCAUCGCCGACGCGUAGCAUACCUGCCAAUAAAUAAGUUUAUUUUGAACUCA